AUGUUUAAUCAAAAUGGACCACAACCUCAAUUUGGAGGACAACCUACCGGAGUUAUAAAUGGGCCAUCAGGGAUGUCAAAUGAAAUUGUGAAUGAUGUAUACCCGAACAAUAAGAAAAUACUUAAUCCUCCACCACAAUCGAACACUAUACCGGGGAUAAACCCCACAUCUUCAUUAUUUACUUCAGGAUUAGGUCCAAUGUUACAUCCUCCACAUCACGGUGGACCACCAAUGCCAAUGCACGUUCAUCCUGGAAUGCGUCAACAAAUUCCUCCUAGAGGAUUUAAUCAUAUUGGGGCAACUCCACAUUUAGCUGGUCCUGCAGCAUCCGCGAAUUUAUCACUUUUAAAUGAUACUGUAAUAGGUGGAAAUGGGAAUAUAGGUUCCACGGGAGUAAAUUCUAAUCCACCACCAGGUGCCUUUGGUGGGUUACCUUUAGGUGGGGGACAAGGUCCACUGGGCCCACAAACAUUUAAUUUACAAUCCUCGUCUCAUAUGGGACCCAAUGUUGUUCAAAAUACUCCACUGGCUCCUAUUGGACAUGGACAUCGUCGAAUGUCUCAACAUCCCGAGGAUCCUCAUGUUAAAGUUGUACAACGUCCACAACCUAUACAACGUCCUCGAAGAGGUUCGGCUUCUGCACAUAACUUAGAAACACGUACAAGAUCACCUCCACCGGGGUUUAGUAAUGUGGUUGGCUCUAACGCGUUACUUAAUGAAGAUCAAUCCCAUACAAUGAUAAAUAGGCGACAAAGCCUUGCUACAGUAGAAAGUUCAUAUUUUUCUAAUUCUUUAUUUUCGACAUUACCCGGAGAGACAUCAUCUCAGCAAUCGCAUCCAACUCAAUCACCUAUUAAUGAUAACGAAUGGCCUCUAAUAAGAAGACAAGGAACGAAUGAUAAUCCUCAUGGUAAUAAUAUAAGUUCAACAACAUCAAAUGAUAUUUGGGGUUUAAAUAGUGGACAGUCAUUAUGGUAUCAAGAAGGUAAUAAUACUAAUCGUAGGGUAAUGGGGGCGAGAGACUUUGGAAUACCAUAA